GUUGAAUCUUCAGACGUGAAUCGGACUCGUUGCUGCCACUGGUUUUGGACGAUGUGGAGCCGUGCAUUGACGUCCAUGCGCCAGCAUGCUGGCGUGGCGACUGCCGCCGCUGCCGGUGCUGGUCUCAUGUACGCUUCGAUGGCGUUCGAGUCGAAGCCAUUGAUGGCGAAUGAAGUAGCCCCUCGCGACACCACACGUGGCAUGCUGCGUGAAGUGAUCUCAAAACUCAACCGGAUUGAAAGCGCCGUGGCCAACCCCAAACGCGAAGGCCCUGGCGUCGAUGUUGUCUUGGGUGCGCAAUGGGGUGAUGAAGGCAAGGGCAAGUUGGUUGACAUGCUUUCCCAGCAAUACGACAUCAUUGUCCGCGUCGCGGGUGGUGCCAACGCCGGACACACGAUUGUGUGCAAUGGCAAGAAGUACAAAUUCCAUCUCGUGCCUUCGGGUGUGCUCAACGAAGAAGCGGUGUGUGUGAUCGGCAACGGUGUCGUCGUGCACUUGCCGUCUUUGUUGGCCGAGUUGGAAACGUUGAAGGCCGUAGGUGUCGACUGUGCGGGCCGCGUGUUGAUCUCGGACCGCGCGCACAUGGUCUUGGACUUGCAUCAAGAAGUGGACGGGCUCAUGGAAAACCGUCGCGGCCGCAACAAGAUCGGCACGACCAAGAAGGGCAUCGGUCCGGCGUAUUCGUCCAAGAUGCUUCGCAACGGCGUGCGCGUCGGCGACCUGCGCUACUUUGACGACUUUGCCGACAAAUUGCGCGCGCAGGUCCAAUUUUACAAGGACAAUUAUCCGGAUUUGGAACUCGAUCCGGAAGCCGAAAUCGAAAAGUACCGCAAGUUAAGGGAACAAAUCUUGCCCAUCACGGUCGACUCGAUCGAGUACCUCAACAAGUCGUACAUCAGCGGCAAGAAGAUCCUCGUGGAAGGCGCCAAUGCCACGAUGCUCGACAUCGACUUUGGCACGUACCCGUACGUGACGUCGUCGAACCCGUCCAUCGGCAGUAUCUGCACGGGCGGCGGGAUCUCGCCCAACCGCAUCAACGGCAUCAUUGGCAUCGUGAAAGCGUACUGCACGCGCGUCGGUGAAGGUCCGUUCCCGACCGAGCUCUUCGACACGGUCGGCCACCAUCUUGGCAGUGUCGGCGCCGAAUUCGGCACCACGACCGGCCGGCCGCGUCGCUGCGGCUGGCUCGACAUUCCCCAGAUGAAGUACUCGAACCUUGUGAACGGCUUCACCGAUCUGAACCUGACCAAGCUCGACGUCCUCACGGGGUUGGCGGAAGUGAAGAUCGGCGUCGCGUACUGGCACAAGGGCGUCAAGCUGAGCGGCAUGCCGUCGAACCUCCAAGUACUCGAGGAGUCCACGGUGCAAUAUGAAACCCUGCCGGGGUGGUCGGAAGACAUCUCCAAGUGCCGCACCUUUGACGAACUGCCUGAAAAUGCACAGAAGUUUGUGCUGCGCGUGGAAGCGCUGCUCGGCACGCACAUCAAGUGGAUCGGAGUCGGCCAGGACCGCACCGACGUCAUCGAGCGCGCGCAUCCGCUUCAGAAGGUCGCCGCGCCCGUUGCCGUUUAGGGAACACACACCAGCCACCUCUAGACUAGUAUCCCAAUACAAUACACUUGCAUCUUCUCUUGAUGUACCAUGUUUCUCUCGACAAAGUUCCAUAAUCAUACUUGU